CGCCCCUCGGCCCUGGGAGACAGCGGAGGCGACCGUUGGGCGCGCGGGCGGAGCGGAUCGCGGCCGGAGAGCGAGCGGCCGGCAACAUCUGUUACUGUUUGGAAGAGAAAGCCAGGGGUUUUCUGUUCCUGGAAGAACCAGGAGGGCCUCGCUAACCCUGUCCCAGUGAGUUCACGGUGACAGCCUACACUGCUGGGAGCCAGACGCUGUUGUGAGCAUUUUUCAGGGCAUUAUUUCAAGGAGAACAUGGUAGCUUCCAGCAUUCCCUGAACCACGGAUCCGCCGGCCUAGUGAGCUAUGCUCCUGGUCUCGGAAGCACUUUGAGAUGUACAGAGCGGGGGACCUGGGGGAGCGGCCGCUGCUCGGGACGGCGCCCCCCCGGAUGCGGAGCGUGGAGGUGGCCAGAGGAAGGGCGGGGUACGGGUUUGCGCUUUCCGGGCAGGCGCCCUGUGUGCUCAGCUGUGUCAUGAGAGGCAGCCCUGCGGAUUUUGUGGGCCUCCGUGCUGGCGACCAGAUACUUGCUGUCAACGAGAUCAACGUGAAGACAGCAUCCCAUGAGGACGUGGUGAAGUUAAUUGGGAAAUGUUCUGGUGUCCUGCACAUGGUGAUUGGUGAGGGCAUCGGCCACCUGGAGUCCUGCUCCAGUGAUGAAGAGGUUGGAUUUUAUGAAGGAAAAGGCUGGCUGAAGCCCAAGCUCGACUCUAAGGCAUUAGGUAUAAACAGAGCAGAGAGAGUCGUUGAGGAAAUGCAGUCCGGAGGGAUUCUCAACAUGAUCUUUGAAAACCCUGGUCUUCGAGCAAGCAGUUCAGAGCCCUUGAAGUUGAAACAAAGAUCCCUUUCAGAAUCAGCCACUGGGCGAUUUGACCUUGGCCAUGAAGGUGUAAAUAAUCCAAACACCAGCCUGCUAGCUAAGGAGGAGAUACCGAGAGUGGUGAACGAUGAUUCUGUUUUCAGCGUUGGGCUGGAGACCCACGAAGACUUUGGGGUGGACGCGAGCAUUUUGAACGUGGCCAUGGUCGUGGGCUACUUGGGCUCCAUCGAGCUGCCGUCCACCAGCUGCAGCCUGGAGUCGGACAGCGUGCAGGCCAUCCGGGGCUGCCUGCGGCGCCUGCGGGCCGAGCAGAAGAUCCACUCGCUGGUGACCAUGCAGAUCAUGCAUGACUGCGUGCAGCUCUGCACGGACAAGGCCGCUGUCCUGGCCCGAUACCCGGCCGAGAGGCUGGCGUUCAGCGCCGUGUGCCCAGACGACAGGAGGUUUUUCGGGCUGGUGACCAUGCAGGCGGCUGACGACGGGAGCCUGGCGCAGGAGGAGGAGGGCGCUUUGCGGACGUCCUGCCACGUGUUCAUGGUGGACCCGGACCUGUUCAGUCACAAGAUCCACCAGGGCAUCGCCCGGCGCUUCGGGUUUGAGUGCACGGCCGACCCUGACACCAACGGCUGCCUGGAGUUCCCUGCGUCCUCGCUUCCAGUCCUGCAGUUCAUCUCCGUGCUGUACCGGGACAUGGGCGAACUGAUUGAGGGCGUGCGGGCCCGGGCCUUUGCGGACGGGGACGCAGACGCUCACCAGAACACCAGCACCAGCAGCAACAGCGACAGCGGCAUCGGGAACUUCACCCACGAGGACAGAAGCAGCCGGGUGCUUGUGCUGGACCUGGGCGCCAGCUCGAGCAGGCACGGCCCCAGCGGCAGCGCCUGGGAGGGUGUGGUCGGGCGGGGCUCCCAGCCCUGGGGCGGCCCCUGGAAUGGGGCCUUCGGCCACGACCCCGAGGGGGCCCCGUUUGAGGCCGCUCUGCAAGCCGACAGGUGCCGGGACCUCGGUAAGCACCUGGGGCCCACUCCUCACGUGGAAGCCCCCCCGGCAUCCUUGCGUUGCUCGGUUCCUCCUUCCAAGAGGGGCGCUGCGGGCCCCGGUGGUGGCUUUGGCCAGCGAUGGCUCCCGGUCCACGUCCUGCAGGAGUGGCAGUGCGGGCACACCAGCGACCAGGAGUCUUACACGGACUCCACCGACGGCUGGUCCAGCAUCAACUGUGGCACGCUGCCCCCUCCCAUGAGCAAGAUUCCCGCUGACCGCUACCGGCUGGAGGGCAGCCCCGCGCAGCCCGCGCCCAGCACCCAGAAAAGGGACUGGGCCAGGAAGGCUCUCGGGAUGCAGAACAUUUUCGGCCCCCAUCGAAAUGUUAGAAAGACUAAGGAAGACAAAAAGGGCUCCAAGUUUGGGCGGGGCAUUGGACUCCUGCCGCCGGCUCAGCGUACCUCUGCCCGGAGAUCUUUCGGGAGGUCCAGGAGGCUGAGCAUCACCCGCUCCCUCGAUGAUCUUGAGUCUGCAACUGUGUCUGAUGGUGAGCUGAACGGCGCCGACCUGAAGGACUGCGUGAGCAACCACAGCCUGAGCAGCAAUGCCAGCCUCCCCAGCGUGCAGAGCUGCCGGCGCCUGCGUGAGCGGAGGGUUGCCAGCUGGGCCGUGUCCUUCGAACGGCUUCUGCAGGACCCGCUCGGAGUUCGCUACUUUUCCGAUUUUCUAAGGAAGGAAUUCAGUGAAGAGAACAUUUUAUUCUGGCAGGCCUGUGAAUAUUUUCAUCAUGUUCCCGCACACGACAAAAAAGAGCUCUCCUACAGGGCCCGCGAGAUCUUCAGUAAGUUCCUGAGCAGCAAAGCCACCACGCCGGUCAACAUCGACAGCCAGGCCCAGCUGGCGGACGACAUCCUCAGCGCCCCGCACCCCGACAUGUUCAAGGAGCAGCAGCUCCAGAUCUUCAACCUGAUGAAGUUCGACAGCUACACUCGCUUUCUGAAAUCGCCGCUGUACCAAGAGUGCAUCCUGGCGGAGGUGGAGGGCCGCCCGCUGCCCGACGCGCAGCAGGUCCCCAGCAGCCCCACCUCCAAACACAGCGUCAGCUCCGACCACUCAAACACGUCCACGCCAAAGAAGUUGAAUGGAAAAUCGAAAUCAGGACGGUCCCUGAAUGAAGAGUUGGGAGAUGAGGACAGCGAGAAGAAACGAAAAGGAGCGUUCUUCUCUUGGUCAAGGACCAGGAGCGCCGGGCGGUCCCAGAAGAAGAAGGACCAAGGCGACCGUCCAAGCGACCCCGCGCACCCCAACGGAGGCCUGGGCCGCCGGGAGUCGCAGGGCUCUAUGACCUCGGCCGGGAGCCUGGACCUGCCAGAGGCCUGCAGGACCCUGGCGCCCGAGAAGGACAAGGCCGCCAAGCACUGCAGCAUCCAGCUCCCCGACGGGACGGCCUGCGUGGUGCUCGUCAGGGCGGGGCUGUCCAUCAAGGAAGUGCUGGCCGGGCUCUGCGAGCGACACGGCAUCAACGGGGCUGCCGUGGACCUCUUCCUGGUGGGCGGGGACAAGCCUCUGGUGCUGCACCAGGACAGUAGCAUCUUGGAGUCUAGGGACCUGCGCCUAGAAAAACGCACUUUAUUUCGGCUGGAUCUGGUGCCGAUUAACCGGUCUGUGGGACUCAAGGCCAAGCCCAGCAAGCCAGUCGCGGAGGUGCUGCGGCCCGUGGCGGCCAAGUACGGCCUGCGCCUGAGCGAGCUGGCGGCCCGGCUGAGUGGAGAGCAGGAGCCCCUGGACCUCGGAGCCCCCAUCUCGAGUCUGGACGGACAGCGGGUCAUCUUGGAGGAGAAGGACCCCUCCCGAGGGAAAGCCCCCACAGAUAAGCAGAAAAGCGGGCCCGCCAAACAGAGCGCAGCCGUAAACGCCAGCUCCAGAAACCACUCGGCGAUGGGAGAGGAAAGAACACUAGGCAAGUCUAAUUCUAUUAAAAUUAAAGGAGAAAAUGGAAAGAAUGCUAGGGAUCCCCGGCUUUCAAAGAGAGAAGAAUCUAUUGCAAAGAUUGGGAAAAAAAAAUAUCAGAAAAUUAAUUUGGACGAAGCAGAGGAGUUUUUUGAGCUCAUUUCCAAAGCUCAGAGCAACAGAGCAGACGACCAGCGCGGGCUGCUGAGGAAGGAGGACCUGGUGCUGCCCGAGUUCCUGCGUCUGCCACCUGGACCCCCGGGGCUCGCCCUCUCCCCCUCGGCCGCCCCCAAGGCCUUCUGCACGAGACCCGCGACAGGCCACAGCGAGGAGGGCGCUCCCCGGCCCCGCGAGAGCCCGGCCACCAGCCCUGGCUCUGCCGACAGCCCGCCUCUCUGCUCCCCUGGGACCCCCGGGACCCCCAGUCCCCCGGCGCAGGCGGCGGAGGCCGGGGGCGUCCAGACCGUGGAGGGCGAGCACGUGGCCGACCUGACGCUCACGGGGGAGGGGCACCUCAGCAGCCCUAACAGCACGUUCCUGCCGCCGCCCCCCACCCCGCCGGGCUCGGCCGCACCUCCGAGACCAGGUACCAACGGGCGCGACGCCCCUGCUCCUCUCUGACCCCCCUCCUCCCUGCCCGCCCGCCCGGGGUCGCCUGCCGGUGCUGUCCACCCACUUAGAAAGCGUCAGCGGUGCAAAGUUACCCCCUCCGCCCCUUAAUCCCUCUAAGGAGGUUUCAGCGUGCCAGCCCCCUCAGGUACUGUGUUGGUCGUGGCGGCCUCUGCCUUCUCUAAAAGGACCCUGCGGCCUCUGAGGUCAGGGUGUGGCCAGGAUGGGCGGCGGGGCCUCGGAGGGGGUGUCGCCCCGUGGCGUGACGCUCGUGAGCGGUGCCCGCACUGGGCCCGGCGGUGCCCUCCCGCCGUCUUUCCCUGGGUCCCCGGCAGUAAUGCCACCAAGCAAGGCCCUGGGAAUUUCUGCAAAAUGUAUGUGUUUUAUUACAAUCUGGAUAGCUAGCAGUUUUAGUAUUUUAAUCUCAAGGCUGAAAACAACAGUGUUUGUCUUGAGCAAGUGGGUGAAGCCCGUGUGAUUUAGAGCAGGACGGCUGCGCUGACCCUGCAGGGAGGGUGUUCACCCUCCGCCCAUCGGUCAGACAGCAGGUGGAGGCCUGCGUGCUGGGCGCUGGGAUCCGCGUGGGGUUCCCUGACCCUGGGUGGUCACAGGCGGCCCUCCAAACGGAGGCAUGAGCGUGUCAAGGUGAGCAGGGCUGGUGGAGCUGCUCCUUAGCCGCGUGAGUGUUAAUAGCAGGUGAAGCGAGGCCCCCGGCCUCCUGGGAAAGCGGCUCUCGCCCCGCACUCGGGCCACGGCCUGUGUGCCCGGCCCCGAGGUGUAGGGAGGAGCCUUGUCCGCGCAGGCAUGUGCCCGUGGAGCCCCUGGGUGCCGCCGUCCUCUCUGGCGGGCUCCGUGGUGGGCAGACGCUAGCUGUGGCUGCUGUUGGGGGUGGCGGGAGGCCCCCUCUGGUCUGAGUCCUGCCCCAGGACCGGGUCCUGUCGGACCUGCAGCCGCAUCUCCGUGGGGACCCAGGGCGGCUCUGUACCCGUGGGGUACUGGCUCUGCGGGCCGGGCUCCCGGCGCCCUCCCCACGGAGACAGCCCGCGGACGUGAAGCCGGGAGAAGCCGCGGCCUUCCUUGCAUGUCUCCUGCACCUCGAUCCGACUUGCCCUCUGCUCUCCCCGUAGACACCUGUGUGUAGUCUCGCCUGUGUUUUGAGUCUGUGCUCUUCCGGGAGAAAUAAACUCUGCCUCUCCU